GGCCGCGGAAAAUCCUCCAAAAUUUGAAUAUUUUUAGAGUUUUUUGUUUGUUUUUGUCCGUAUUUACCCCUUAUGCGGCACGGCUCUUUCGAAAAAAGUAAAACCAAGUUGCUAUGGAUCAGAAAUCCUAUAAAAUUUUAGUUUGUGGAGAUGUGAAUGGGAAACUGAAGACCUUAUACACAAGAGUCUCCAAUAUCCUCAAAAAAUCAGGAGAUUUUGAAAUGCUUCUUUGUGUUGGCAAAUUUUUUGGUGCAACAGAGGAUGACAAAAAAGUUUGGCAGGAAUUCAAAGAGGGUACUUCAAAUGCCCCAAUUGUAACAUAUGUUUUGGGUCCCACCAUGCCUGAAGAGCUCUCAGGAUAUGAAAAUGUGGACCUUUCUACAGGUGGCGAACUCUGUGAGAAUAUCACUUACUUAGGUCGAAGUGGUGUUUUGCAAUGUCCUAGUGGUCUUCAAGUGGCCUAUGUCGGUGGUUUGGAUGGUACCAAGUGUAAAAAGGACGGAUGUUUUUUCAAAGAGGAAGAGACAAAGCAAUUACUCGCCAAGGCUGAUGAUAAGAAUUUUAAAGGAGUUGAUAUGUUGUUGACAUCAGAUUGGCCAAAAGAUGUUACACAGUAUGGAAACAAACUGGAUGCCAAAGUUGAUGCAAGCGAGACAGGCUCGCAAAUCAUCUCCCAAAUUGCUGUGAAAUUGAAACCAAGAUAUCAUUUCACUGCCCUAGAUAGCACUUAUUAUGAGAGACUGCCAUAUAGGAAUCACCGGGUACUACAAGAACCAGCUCAACAUGUGACAAGAUUUAUUAGUUUAGCAAAUGUUGGAAACACGCUAAAGAAAAAGUAUCUUUAUGCAUUCAAUAUUGUGCCUCUGUGUCACAUGAAACAAGAGGAAUUGGUAAAACAACCUGAUGAUGUGACUGAAAUACCUUACGGAAAACUACAGAAAAACUUAUCCUCAAACCAGAACACACAGCAAAACCCUGCUCAAAAUUUUUUCUUCGAUGUGAAUUCAAAAAGCGAAGGACAAAAGCGAAAAAAUGAAGAUUCAACCCAGAGACAGCCAAUGAAGCGCAAAGGACCACCUCCAAUCCAAGGUCCGUGUUGGUUUUGUUUGGGUGGAAGUCAGGUUGAAAAACACUUAGUUGUGAGCGUCGCGGAUCACGUUUAUCUUGCAAUGGCAAAGGGAGGCUUGACUGGCGACCACACCUUGAUAUGCCCAAUAGCUCACUAUCCAUCGACAGUGGAACUCCCUGACGAAGCUUUGAUGGAAAUUGAAAAGUAUAAAUCUUCAUUACGAAAACUGUUCAAGAAACAAGGAUAUGCCUGCGUUGUUUACGAGAGAAAUUUUUACACGCAACAUCUUCAGAUUCAGGUUAUUCCUGUGCCAAUUGAGAAAGCGGAAGAUUUGAAAGGUUUAUUCAUGGAAAUGGGCGGUGAAAAGAACAUGGAGUUCGAUAUGCUGGACGAUGAAACAGAUUUGAAGCAGAUAAUCCGACCUCAAGUUCCAUUUUUCCUUGUCGAAUUUGACGAUGGAAGUCGAUUACUGCAUCGAGUUAGAAAGAAAAUGCCGCUUCAGUUUGGAAGAGAAGUGUUGGCGCAUCCGGCUGUUCUUGAUAUGGAAGAAAGAGUUGAUUGGAAAUCCUGUAAGGUGCCCGUGGAUGAAGAAAAGAAAAUAACCGGUGAUUUUCGCAAAAAGUUUCAACCAUUCGAUUUCAGCUUAGCGUAAGAACGACAUGGCCUGACCAUGGAGAUGUCCUUUCAUUCCUGGUCCAAGAAAACGACAAAGGUGCAGAUUGACAGUGCUCGAGUAUUAAAAAGACAUUGGUGCAGACAAUUUCAAAAAAAAACAAACAAAAGCGAAGCGAAUUAUUUUCCCAUGUAAACUCAUUUUCCACUCACCAUCAGACGUUGUAGUCCUCCUAGUAUUUUCCAUCCACAGAUUCAUUGCAUAUCUGUAUAUACAUUACUCUGCAGAAUACAUCCUUCAAGCGGGUGGACUGGACACGAUAUCCCACAGAACAUCACUACCUCGCAAUUUAGCCACAUUUUAUUUUUUCAUCGUUUGUUAAUUUAGCUUUUGUACAUGAAUUUUGUAACUUCUUCCAUUAAAAUACUA